ACGAGGGUGUUCGGUUUCAUGUCAAACCACCUGGUGAAGGGACUCUUAAGGCGCGCCGGCUCAGAGUGCCAGCGCACAAUAGAGACUCCAGUCCAGCAGGGAGAACUUCCUACCUACUGCUUAUCUCUUGUAGAGCGUUCCAAGACUUUAACUUUGGAUGGAGAGCAGGAUCAGACCGUUAGCCAUGGCCGGGCACGCCGCCGGCCCGCUUGGAGGCCUCCCGAUGUCUCCUUCCCUCCUGCGCCACCCGCCUCUCUUUCUCCGCGCCUGCAACCCUGCGCUGGAGAGGGGCUACCCGAGGACCCCUAAGUGCGCCCGGUGUCGGAACCACGGCGUGGUCUCGGCGCUGAAGGGCCACAAGCGCUUCUGCCGCUGGAGGGACUGCGUGUGCGCAAAGUGCACCCUGAUCGCGGAGCGGCAGCGGGUGAUGGCGGCGCAGGUGGCGCUCAGGAGGCAGCAGGCUCAGGAGGAGAACGAAGCGCGGGAGAUCCGGCUUCUGUACCCGGGCGCUGGCAUCGCAGGGCAGGCGGGGAUCAGUCAGGGCUCGGCUGUGGGGCGCGCAGUGCCCGCGGCGAGCGGCAACUCCGCGCCCGCUCCGUGUUUUGAUGCUUUUGGCGCAAAGAACCAGAAAGAGGAUGACAAAGCGAGCAAAUACAACAUUUACAGUGGAUUUCUGGGUCAGCCGCUCUUCGCGUCCCCGGAUGCUCGGAUGCCCUCUCCAAGUGACAGGAGGGACCUGUCACCUAGCAAGGACAACAACUCUUCACUCGGCAGUCACAGUGGAACUCCAUCGCCGCCGUCUGAUCGCCUUUCGGAUCACAAUCAGAGUCCGCAGAGGUCGCUUUCGUCCUCUGAUCCGGAGUCCGGGAGCGAGUCUGAGAAACCCAAGGACUUCUCGAACCUGGACCGUGACCCUGCUGACAUUAUGGCCAAGAUCUUCCCCCAUCAGAAGCGGGACGCCCUGGAGUCCAUGGUGAGAACAUGCAAAGGGGACAUUGUGAAAUCCAUUGAGCUGGUUCUGAACUCCAAGCAGAAAAAAAACGACGCGGGCAGUUCGCCUCUGCCUCGUGUGCAUAGCUCAGUGCUCAACCCCGGUGUCGGACUGCCGGGGGCGCUCGGUUCUUCGGGGACCAAGUCUGCUUUCUCCCCUCUCCACGUCCACCCAGGCCCCAGCGGGGACGGCUACUUCGGGCUCAGUCCUCGCCUCGGUGUGAGUCCCCUGCGGCUGGCCUACUCCUCUGCCAGCGCUGGUCUGGGCGGGUUCAUGUCCCCGUACAUGACAUCAGGACUGAUGCCCCUGUUGACCCUACGCCCACCACUGGACUCGCAUUCUUUUCCGGGAAUGAUCAGAGACUUUUCUUACAUCCAGAGUAAGGACUCCCUGUGCAGUACAACAGGCCCACGCCUGAACAAUGAUGAAUAAUGAACUUACAAUAACCUGUUAAAUGUAGCUUUUUAUCCAAUUUCUGUUUUGAUGCUGAAUAAUGCUAGUUAAUUCUUGCAUUUCAGUUCAAUAUUGGUUUAAUAUUUGCUCUGUUGUGUAAAGAUUGUGUACAUUUUUUGUAUUUGGAAUAAAGUUAUCUUGUUUUAUGUUUCUGA